GAUUACUCAAAAGUACAUGAUUUUCAAAAAUCCGGACUGGUUCAAAUUCAAUAACCAGCAUAGCCAGUGGGCUCUUUGGAAAUCUCACUGUAUAUCCGCGUGAAAUCAAUGCAUGUAACUACUCAUUUGUACAAAGAAGAAACCUCAUCUAAAGGAUAGGAUCUCUUCACUCUGUCCUAAACCUUCAAUAUAUAUACACAUUGUGCGUCCUUACUUUAAUUUCAUCACACACAAAACCAGCCAUUUAGACCUUUACUUUCUUUAUUGCCUCUUCCUCUUUUUGCUGCUGCAACAUUCUGUUGCCUUAUAUUUUUAAUGGGUUGUGGGCUGAUUCAGAGAUGGCUGGCGAUGUGUGUCGUGGCAUUGGCCGUGGUGGAGCUUCAUUAUGAGCAGGCUAUGGCGGAACCCCAAGUUCCGUGUUACUUCAUUUUCGGUGAUUCAUUGGUGGACAAUGGUAAUAACAAUAACAUCCAAUCCUUGGCAAGAGCUAACUAUUUACCUUAUGGAAUUGAUUUUCCUGAUGGACCAACUGGAAGAUUCUCCAAUGGUAAAACUACAGUCGAUGUCACUGCUGAGCUAUUGGGAUUCGAUGAUUACAUUCCUCCUUAUACUGCUGCCCGUGGCGAAGACAUACUCAGAGGAGUGAAUUAUGCAUCAGCAGCUGCGGGAAUUAGAUCAGAAACAGGCCAGCAAUUGGGCGGCCGGAUAGAUUUUACUGGGCAGGUAAAUAAUUACAAGACCACGGUAGCACAAGUGGUGAACAUAUUAGGGGAUGAAGACUCUGCUGCAAAUUAUCUAACCAAAUGUAUAUAUUCAGUUGGAAUAGGGAGUAACGAUUACCUUAACAACUAUUUCAUGCCUCUCUACUACUCAACUGGCAGGCAAUUUUCACCUGAACAAUAUGCCGAUAUUCUCAUUCAAGAGUACUCUGAGCAAAUAAGGACUUUGUACAAUUAUGGAGCAAGAAAGUUUGUUUUAAUUGGAGUAGGUCAAAUUGGAUGCAGUCCAAAUGCAUUGGCACAGAACAGUGCUGAUGGCUCUACAUGUGUACAAAGGAUUAACGUCGCAAAUCAAAUAUUCAACAAUAAGCUGAGAGCACUUGUCGAUGACUUCAACAGCACUUCACGGGAUGCAAAGUUUAUCUACAUAAAUGCCUAUGGGAUUUUCCAGGAUUUAAUUGACAAUCCUUCAGCCUUUGGUUUUAGGGUUACAAACGCAGGGUGUUGUGGUGUGGGAAGAAAUAAUGGGCAAAUAACAUGUCUCCCAUUUCAAACACCAUGUCAAAAUAGAGAUGAAUAUGUAUUUUGGGAUGCUUUCCAUCCCGGAGAAUCUGCAAAUAUCAUCAUCGGCAGAAGAUCGUAUCGUGCUGAGAAACCAUCAGAUGCAUAUCCUAUGGAUAUUCGUCGCUUAGCUCAACUCUGAAACUGGAGAUUUUAAUAAAUAUUUAUCAUUUACAUAAUAAUUAUUUGUCCUCCCCUCUUUAUAUAUAAUUUUCUAUUUUUUUCGUAAUUUUUGGGGAUUGUUCUUGUUGUACUAGAGUUCAUGGAAAAAGCUGUAUUCAUAUUGAUUUGUAAUUCUGAAAAUGGAAAUG